GGUGGAGCCAGCUGCCAAGGCGGCAAGGCUCCCAGUCCUCUGUGCAGAGCCUGAGUGGAGGCCACGAGAGGGCCCUGUGCCCAGCCCUGAUGAAGACGCUCCUGACCAUCCUGGCUGUGGGAUCCCUGGCUGCUCACAUUCCAGAGGACACCUCGGAUCUUCUUCAGCGCGUGAAAUUCCAGUCCAGCAACUUUGAAAACAUCCUGACGUGGGACAGCGGGCCGGACAGCACGCCAGACACAGUCUACAGCGUCGAGUAUAAGAUGUACGGAGAGAGCGAGUGGCUGGCAAAGGAGGGCUGCCAGAACAUCACCCGCAAGUCCUGCAACCUGACGGUGGAGACGGGCAACCCCACAGAGUACUACUAUGCCAGGGUCACUGCUGUCAGCCCGGGAGGCAGGUCUGCCACCAAGAUGACAGACAGGUUCGGGUCAAAGCAGCACACCACCAUCAAACCACCUGAUGUGACCUGUAUUCCUAAAACGAGAUCCAUUCAGAUGAUUGUUCAUCCGACCCCCAUACCUAUCCACAAGGAGGAUGGCCACCAACAAAUGCUGGAGGAUAUCUUCCCUGACCUGUUCUACCGCUUAGAGCUCCACAUCAACCACACCUACCAAAUGCACCUUGAAGGGAAGCGGAGAGAAUUUGAGUUCUUCAGCCUGACCCCUGACACAGAGUUCCUGGUGACCAUUACGAUUUUUGUUCAAACCUGGUCCAAAGAGAGUGCCGCCUAUGUGUGCCGAGUGAAGACGCUACCAGAUCGGACGUGGACCUACUCUUUCUCAGGCACCAUCCUGUUCCUCAUGGGCUUCCUCGUGGCCAUACUCUGCUAUCUGAGCUACAGAUAUGUCACCAAGCCGCCUGUGCCUCCUAACUCCCUGAAUGUCCAGCAAGUACUGACUUUCCAGCCGCUGCGGUUCAUCCAGGAGCACGUCCUGAUCCCUGUCUCCAACCUCAAUGGCACCAGCAGUCUGACCCAGCCCGUCCAGUACUCCCAGGUCAAGGUCUCCGGGCUCAGGGAGACCCCAGAAGCUCCACAGCAGCACAGCACAUCAGAGAUCACUUACUUAGGCCAACAGGACAUCUCCAUCCUCCAGCCCCACCCCAUGCCACCACCUCAGACACUCUCCCCACUAUCCUGUGCCCCAAAGGCUGCCCCCGAGGUUGGGCCCUCAUCCUACGCACCUCAGGUGAUCCAUGAAGCUAAACCCCCAUUAUACACCCCACAGACUGUCUCAAAGGUCAGGCCUCCCUCCUACACCCCUCAGGCCACUCUCGAUGGCUGGCCCCCUUCCUAUGGGGUGUGCAUGGAAGACUCCAGUAAAAACUCCUCGCCUGUGACACUCAAAGAUCUCAGGCCUAAAGGUCAGCUCCACAAAGAGGCACCCACUGGCAGCUGCAUCCCGGGUGGCCUUUCUCUGCAGGUGGUGACCUCCUUGGCUACAGAGGAAUCCCAAGAAGUAAAAUCUUUCCUCCAGCCUCUGGGGAUUUGCAUGGACAGAGCAUCAGACCCCAGCAUGCUGCCCAGUGGGGAGCCAGAGACACCACAGUACCUGAAGGGCCAGCUUCCCCUCCUCUCCUCUGUCCAGAUCGAGGGCCACCCUGUGUCCCUCCCUUUGCACACCCUUUCCCUCCCCCAUUCCCCUUUGGACGAAGGUUCAAGUCCAUGGGGCCUGCUGGAGUCCCUUGUAUGUCCCAAGGAUGAGGACAAGAACCUAGCCCCUGAGGCCUCAGACCUGGAGCAGCCCACAGAGCUGGAUUCUCUCUUCAGUGGCCUGGCCCUGAGGGUGCAAUGGGAGUCCUGAGGGGAGAACAGGUCAGGCCUGGGGCUUCCUCCCUCUUGCCACCCAGAAUCACAUCCUUGGCUAUGAGUCCCAUACCCAGACGUGCUGCACACUCUUCGGCCCAGCCCCCUGUGGGUGUCCGCUAGAGAACCAGCAGAGGAGGAUGCAGGGCCUCCUGCCAUGAGUGACUCCCCCUCGGAGCAAAUCAGCACAAUGAGGAGCAGCAGGAACAGACGAGCCACAUGCAGAGCCCAGCAGGGCAGGUCAGGAUGGAGCGGUCACAGUGCAGGGAAACCCCCAGAGGAGACCCAGCACCCCACCUCCUUAUACUCCAGGCUCAAAGUUCUCAGGGAACCUGCCUGUCUGCACCUCACUCCUGGCCAGCUUCAUGAUCAAGUUUGGCAGAGAAUGAGGCCCCUGCCUCCUCUGUGAUUGUCCAAAGGUAAGAAAAGAGCUGAGAAAGGACACCUCCCGGGAGGCCAGGCAGAACCAGAACAACCUGCACUUCCGCCAAAGCCAGAGCCCAAUCAGGGCAACACUUCAGGGAGGGGUGCAGCCUGGGGCUUGUUCCCAGCCAAGGCCACCACUGCCUGAACUUGCACCAUUUCAAGUAUGUUCCUCUGCUGGAGGCCUUACCCCCAGUGAAUCCAGCUCUGUGGGCUGCUCCAGGCCCACCAGGGAGGGAAACACGGAAACCUUUCCUGCAGGCAGGUGUUUCAUAUCUUACUCUGUGAAUGAGGUUUGAAAGGAACUUGGGGCCACGUGGCCUCUGGAGACAGAACAAUAAACUGCAUCUACUGUACAACUUGGGAAAUUCAGCCUCAGGUUCAGCCCACCUGGAUUGAAAUUCCAGCCUCACCACUUACAGGCUAUGUGACUUCAUGCAAAUGAAUUGUUGCUCAAUACCUCAGUUUCCUCAUCUGUAAAAUGGGGACAACAAUACCUACCUUACAGUGUUGUGGUGAGGAUGACAUUGAAUAAUGUCUGCGAAGUGCUUACUAUGCCUGGUACAUGGGCAACGCCCAGUAAAUAAAUAGCUAUUUCCUGCUGUGAA